GAACCCUCUAAUGGAUUUUCAGCAGGCGUGUGUGUGUGUUUUGUACUAGUGUUCACUUGAAAGUAACUAGCUCCUUACUGAAAAACAAAGAGUAUGCUGCUUUACUACGUACAGCAGAUGGUUUCACCAAAAAGUGUAGAGACAGCUUGUCACGCAGAAAACUCCAGGUCUGAAACAGCAGCACAGCAGCAGAUAAUGGAAAAUCAUGAUCAUCUGAUUCGGCCCAAGAAACCUUCGAACCCUGUGUUAGAGUCACCGAGCCACCGAGUUCUGCACCGAGAACUUCGUGUCAGCCACAGAUGGGGGCUGUUGCCUGCUGAGAAGUGCGAGCUGCAGAGGGUGAUGGAGCAGAGGAGGCUGGAGCAGCAGCGAGAGAGAGAACAGGCUCUGAGACCCCUCACGGAUCUGGAGCAAGAACUGAGCAAAAGAAGACAAAGAUUACUAGCGUAUGAACUGGAGGAAAAGAAGAAACAAGAAGAUCUGCAGAACGUACCCGAGUUUGUGCGUGUGAAGGACAACCUGAGACGUGUCCGUGUGUCGUAAAUGAGUCCCCCAUCAUCUGGAAUUCCUUUGCUUUCAUCAGAGC